AUGAAUCUGAUUAUCGGCGCCGUGCUGGCUGCGGCCCUCGCACAGGCAUCUUCGCUCACGCCGCCUGUACUACCACUGAUUGUCCGGAACCCGUACCUCAGCACAUGGCUUCCGCAUGCCCGUGAGGCACCAUGGUCUCACUGGCCGAUGUUCUGGGCUGGGCACCAUAUUGGAUUCUCAGUCAUGGUCUCCCUGCCGGACACCAACACUAUAUAUCCAUUACUAGGUCGACCUCAAGAUUCGCUACCAGAUUCUUCUCCCAACUUCACAGUGUCUGAGCCUUCUGACUAUGAGGUAUCUUUUGACGCUGUAACUACGAAUCUCACUUACACGCUCCAGGCCAAGGAACCGCUGGCCAAGUCUACCAAGGUGACAAUAUCCUUCCUGUCUCCAAUCACGCCCACAUCAACUCUACGCCAAUCCCUCCCAGCAGCCUACUUUACCAUAGAUAUUAAGGGUAAAGGACCAGUCAAAGUGUACACCGACGUGAACGGUGAGUGGGUGAGCGGCAACCGUGACAAUACUAUUAUCUGGGAGUUGAGUGAUCUGCCCUCGGCAAAAACCAAAUCACCUUCUACGAAAUCUUGGAAAGUUAGGCGCGAAACUGAGCAACACUUUACCGAGACGAGUGAUAAAGCAGAAUGGGGAACUUUGUACUUCACCGGCCCUAACAAUGCAUCCCAUGAAGCGGGAACGUCUGCUAUUCUGCGCAACAAGUUCGCCGUGCAUGGCGGUCUUUCGAACCAGACUGACAGCAACUUUCGCCGGAUUAUGGAAGAGGAACCCGUUUUCGCUUUUUCCCAUGUCCUCGAUUCUUCUUCCCCGUCCAUCACCUUCUCCUUGGGUUUGGUUCAAGACCCUGUAGUUCAGUUUGCUGCCGCUCGUGGUCUGACCAUGAUGCGCCCCUUAUGGACCGGUUCUAUUCCAGACGCAGAUGAUAUGAUCAGAUACCACUAUUCUGACUUUCCCACGGCAGCCUCGCUUGCCACGGCCUACUCAGAGCAACUUCGUCUCGAUGCAGAGAGCUUAGAUCUUGAAGGGUACGGGGAUAUUGCCGCCCUAUCUGCCCGACAGGUCCUCGGGGCCACCUACUUUUCCGGAACUCUGUCAGAUCCAAUCCUUUUCCUCAAAGAGAUCUCUUCAAACGGAAACUUUCAGACAGUGGACGUGAUCUUCCCCUCGUUUCCUUUCUUCCUAUACACGAAUCCUCAGUGGCUUAUAAACCUCCUGGAGCCACUUCUCGAGCACCAGCUCAGCGGCCAGUAUCCCAAUAAGUACAGCAUGCAUGACUUGGGAGCUCAUUUCCCCAAUGCAACGGGCCAUGCUGAUGGACAAGAUGAAUACAUGCCCGUUGAAGAAUGCGGCGACAUGCUCAUCAUGGGAUUGGCCGUUGUCAAUGCACUGAGGCAUGAAUCGAAGCAGACCUGGCUCAUUGGAUCUCACCAAAUGCCUGAGGCUGAUCAACAGGUUCUCUCACUGGAGUCCCCCCUUCGUGGCCUCACCAGGCAUGACUCAAUCGACACGGAAGGAUCUGAUCUGGAAGCAGUUUCAGGAGAUUCGGCUGCAAAAGCAUGGGUGAAGCGCGCCUACCCAAUGUGGAAGCAGUGGGCAGGUUACUUGAUCCGCGAGUCUCUGAUACCCCGAAAUCAGCUAUGCACUGAUGAUUUCGCUGGUUGGCUUGCGAAUCAGACCAACCUGGCUCUGAAGGGCAUCAUUGGCAUCAGGGCAAUGAGCGAACUUUCAGAUCUGGUCGGGGAAACGGAAGAUGCCAAGUACUACAAAAACAUCUCAGACGUAUACAUUGAGAAGUGGCAAGAGUACGGCUUGUCCCGAGACCGAACUCAUGCAAAGCUUGCUUAUACUUGGUAUGGGUCAUGGACGACCAUCUACAACCUGUUCGCAGAUGCGCUUCUAUGCUUCCAUUUGCCAUCCGGUCACGGCACAGGCAGCGAUGAUGCAGAGAGCAGGCAGAAGCAUUUCAUCCCCAAUGAUAUCUACAAGAAUCAGAGUAAAUGGUACCUUUCCGUCCUGCAACGGUACGGACUUCCACUCGACAGCAGGCACUUGUACACCAAGAGCGAUUGGGAGUUCUUUGCCGCGGCCAUCACCAGCACCAAGACUCGCAAGGCGCUAGUGGAGAGCAUCGCUCGAUGGGUGAAUGAGACCAUCACAGACCGGCCUUUCACAGACCUGUAUGACACCGAGGGAGAGGGUGACUUUUCCCCAGUCAGGUUCAUGGCUCGGCCUGUAGUUGGAGGCCAUUUCGCUCCCCUGGUCUUAAAGCAUGCGUGCAGGGGGCAAGCCUCCAAGGGCCUGGACUUUCUCGACGCAGAAGACGACCAGCUGGUUGACGUGGCCGCGGCGCUGGCAGCGGAUCUCGAGGAAGGUGUUCCGGUUUCAACGGAUUACGGAAUGGAGCUGUAA